AUGGCCAUCGUCCACGUCUGCCGCUUCUUGGUGGAGGCCACCCGCACCGUCGCCGAGGGAGGCGACCUGCCCGGCACGGCCACCAGCUACUACAACAUCCGCGCCAUCGAACGGCUGCUCCGCCCCGGCGUCGAGUGGCGGGAAGCCAUUCUGGACGAGAUGUACCCUGCAGGGGAAAACGGGGCUUCGACACCCCGCAGGGACUUGCAAGGGCACGGGGCUACGGAGAAAGCUGGGUUUUAG